UGUUUGGGCAACAUUGGGCCAGGGCCGAAGGAUGCGUGGUACAUCUAUUGUUAUAUCGCGACGUGUUGGGUGCCGUCGUUCUUCCUCAGCGCAUGUGGCAUCCGCACCCCCGAGCAGCAGCGGGCAUGGCGCGAGAAGAUCGGACUCCUCCUCAUUAUCAUCAGUCUUAUGGCCAUCGUCGGCUUCAUCACGUUCGGCUUCACCGAGGUCGUUUGCGGGACGCAGCCCAAUCGCUUC